AUGCUUAUAAGUGAUGACCAGUUUGAAAACGUGGAAUUUCGUACUGUCGGACAACUGAACUUGAUACGUGGAUUUUCUGCUUUUCAGUUUGUGCCAGGCACCGACGACUCUCUGAUAUUGGCUCUGAAAUCUGAAGAAGAUGGCGGUCGUAUUUCAUCUUACGUUACGGUCUUUCACGUAAACGGUAAUUUGAUUUUGGACGAUGAAAGAAUAAGUGAUGAAUUCAAAUUCGAGGGAAUCGAAUUCAUAUAA